UCGAGUUGGAAGUCAUGCCAGAAGAUACGGAAACAGAUCAGGCGGAGAACGGCGGAACGAAUUCCAGGGUUUCCUCGUCUCCUUCCUCCCCAGUAACGCCGACCAGCCCCGAAAUAGAAGUGACCGAUUCCUCCUCCCUUCCCUCUGUGAAGAACGGGUGUCCGGAAGUGACAAACGGACACGUGGCCAAAACGGAAACGACGAGGAGUCAUGUGACUAACGGUGUGAAAGCGGAAGCGGACAAGAUCCGAGAGUACAUGGAGAGGACCGACACGGUGGUCAUCUUCCCCGAGCCAGCUCCACCAGGGGGAGCCACGACUUCCGAUGGAGCCAAAAUGGUGGACGAAUACUCCCUGAAAUGUCCACGUUGCGAUCGCCUCUUCGCCGGUCCCAAGGAUAUCCAAGCGCUCAAAGAACAUCUCGUCUCUUACCACGGUUACACAGACCCCGUCUGCGAACAGAAGCCGAAUGCCAAAAAUUAUGUUUGUCCUAAAUGUAAUGCCACUUUCGCCGAAAAGGAACAUCUGGCAAAACACAAACUGUUCCACUCGGCAGUUAGCCAGCGACACGUCAUCGGUCAGGAAGAGAACGCCGUACUUAGGAAAUUCAAAUGUCCCGAAUGCGGCAAAGCAUUCAAAUUUAAACAUCACUUAAAGGAACAUAUACGUAUCCAUAGCGGAGAAAAACCUUUCGCCUGUUCCAACUGUGGAAAAAGGUUUUCUCAUUCGGGAUCUUAUUCUUCCCACAUGACCAGCAAGAAGUGCCUGGUGAUGAAUCUAAAGGUGAAAAAAAUGGAUAAUAAGCCACUUCGUGGUCAAGCUGCUAAUCAACAAAACAUUGCCUUCCGCCCAAUCAUUCCGAAAUAUGGUGCUGCUGCAACAGAAGGUGUCAGUUUGAUGCCGCACGGUUACGUGCCUCCGACUGAAAGGUUUCCCAGUUUCUUGCCAAGUUUUCAUCCGACCCAACACGCUGGACAUCCAUCGUUCUUGCCGGCUCCUUAUUCUUCUCUUCCCUUCCAUCCUCUCCUGGCCGGUCACUUGAAUUCCACACUUCCUCCGCCUUCGCUUCCUUUGCAUAAUUUCCCAGACGUCAGCCAGUUAUUACAACCCAGGGGUCAACUCCUGGAGCAGAUACCGACAUCGAACGAACUUCCGUCUUCCUUGUGUGUUACGACCAACAGCGUUUGUGUGACUCAAAGAAGUCCCAUUACUAUUACGCCUCCUCCGAUAGACAUCGAAAGAGACGAUCCUCCUGGUAGCCCAGGUAAAAGUAAAAAUUUGAACGCUGUGAAAAAGAUACUAGAAAUAGUCGAUGCAACUGUUUCCAGGCAGCAACUGAUGACAGGCAGCAGUAAAAAUGGUCUAAUACCAGACGUGAACUCCUCACCUUUACAUGUGCAAGAGAAUUCUGUCGGAUCGCCCGCUGUUUCGAAUGUGGAAAAAUUAAGGUGUGGAAACUGUGAUUCCGUAUUUGAAAAUUUAGUCGAGUUGCAGAAUCAUGAGCGAUAUCAAUGUAGAAAAAGCGAAGAUAGUUACAGCGCCUCAUCCACUAAUAGGGAAGCUGCUUCUAACGAAGACAAAGAGCCGAUAGGCGAAGAAAACAACGAAAGCGAAGAUAAGCCCAGAAAUUCUGAAAUUAUCAAACUGGUACGCGAACUUGGUUAUCCUCGAGUAGUUCAAGCCUGUUUUCCAACAGAUCCUCAACAGGCGACUUCUCCUCCCCCUCAGACUUUCUUAAGCCCUUACAAUGGUAUCGUCAACCUGACUUCCAGAUAUGACGAAGAUCAACCUCUGGAUCUCUCCAUGAAGUCUAGGUUUCAAACGGCUCCAAACUCGCCUCGCCACAUCGAGAACGAAGCCCUGAAUCUGAGCAACAGAUCUUCUAGAACCUCGACGCCUCUCAAGGAUAGCAAUAACGGGAUCAAUGGAGACGAGAUCGAAGUGACCGAAGAUGUUACCGAUGCUAAAAAAUUACAGAAUGGUGACUACCGUUUGACUAAUUCUGUACUGUACAAAUACAUGCAGAAAGGAAAUUAUCUUGUGAACCAUCGCCAGAUGUCUCAGAUUAUGGUUAAGUGCCGUUCUCCCGAAAUCCAGGACGCGAGCUAUCCCGAUUAUCCCUCCUCCACCAAUCACGUAUCGCCACUUUCCAUCUGCAGUUACGACGUAACGCGACCUCCGUCUUCUUCAGACUGUGGUAGUCAAGAUGGGAUGGAAAGUCCGGGUGCCAUCAUAGGAUUGGACAACUCUUCCGGAGGAGAGCCGGGAAGUCCCAAAUGUAGGAAAGUGCAGAAGCGCUCCUGGAAGCUGGAAGGAGAAGAGAGUCAGAGUGCCAUCGAGGACAGUCCAGGACCGGAAGAUCAAGUGGCAGGAGAGAAGAGAAGGAAAUCGUGGAAACAGCACAAACUAGAUUCGGAAGAAGGGAUGUACGCUUGUGAUCAAUGCGACAAGAUGUUCAGUAAACAAAGCUCUUUGGCUAGGCACAAGUACGAGCACUCCGGUCAAAGACCACACAAAUGUGAUGUAUGCAACAAAGCUUUCAAACACAAACAUCAUCUAACAGAACACAAGAGAUUGCAUAGCGGCGAGAAACCUUUCCAAUGCAAAAAAUGCCUGAAGAGAUUUUCCCAUUCGGGUUCUUAUAGUCAGCACAUGAAUCAUCGUUACAGUUACUGCAAACCGUAUCAAGAGACUCAACCCAUAGACUCCAAAGGCUACGAACUUGCUGUGUCCUUUGAGCUAUAUCCCGAAGAGCAUCCUAUCUUUACGGAUCUUCGAGAAAAGAAGCGCAAGAACGUGCAGGGCGUAAUUUUCAAGGAAGUUUCCUUUUGUCUGUUGUUUCAGCGACACGUCAUCGGUCAGGAAGAGAACGCCGUACUUAGGAAAUUCAAAUGUCCCGAAUGCGGCAAAGCAUUCAAAUUUAAACAUCACUUAAAGGAACAUAUACGUAUCCAUAGCGGAGAAAAACCUUUCGCCUGUUCCAACUGUGGAAAAAGGUUUUCUCAUUCGGGAUCUUAUUCUUCCCACAUGACCAGCAAGAAGUGCCUGGUGAUGAAUCUAAAGGUGAAAAAAAUGGAUAAUAAGCCACUUCGUGGUCAAGCUGCUAAUCAACAAAACAUUGCCUUCCGCCCAAUCAUUCCGAAAUAUGGUGCUGCUGCAACAGAAGGUGUCAGUUUGAUGCCGCACGGUUACGUGCCUCCGACUGAAAGGUUUCCCAGUUUCUUGCCAAGUUUUCAUCCGACCCAACACGCUGGACAUCCAUCGUUCUUGCCGGCUCCUUAUUCUUCUCUUCCCUUCCAUCCUCUCCUGGCCGGUCACUUGAAUUCCACACUUCCUCCGCCUUCGCUUCCUUUGCAUAAUUUCCCAGACGUCAGCCAGUUAUUACAACCCAGGGGUCAACUCCUGGAGCAGAUACCGACAUCGAACGAACUUCCGUCUUCCUUGUGUGUUACGACCAACAGCGUUUGUGUGACUCAAAGAAGUCCCAUUACUAUUACGCCUCCUCCGAUAGACAUCGAAAGAGACGAUCCUCCUGGUAGCCCAGGUAAAAGUAAAAAUUUGAACGCUGUGAAAAAGAUACUAGAAAUAGUCGAUGCAACUGUUUCCAGGCAGCAACUGAUGACAGGCAGCAGUAAAAAUGGUCUAAUACCAGACGUGAACUCCUCACCUUUACAUGCGCAAGAGAAUUCUGUCGGAUCGCCCGCUGUUUCGGAUGUGGAAAAAUUAAGGUGUGGAAACUGUGAUUCCGUAUUUGAAAAUUUAGUCGAGUUGCAGAAUCAUGAGCGAUAUCAAUGUAGAAAAAGCGAAGAUAGUUACAGCGCCUCAUCCACUAAUAGGGAAGCUGCUUCUAACGAAGACAAAGAGCCGAUAGGCGAAGAAAACAACGAAAGCGAAGAUAAGCCCAGAAAUUCUGAAAUUAUCAAACUGGUACGCGAACUUGGUUAUCCUCGAGUAGUUCAAGCCUGUUUUCCAACAGAUCCUCAACAGGCGACUUCUCCUCCCCCUCAGACUUUCUUAAGCCCUUACAAUGGUAUCGUCAACCUGACUUCCAGAUAUGACGAAGAUCAACCUCUGGAUCUCUCCAUGAAGUCUAGGUUUCAAACGGCUCCAAACUCGCCUCGCCACAUCGAGAACGAAGCCCUGAAUCUGAGCAACAGAUCUUCUAGAACCUCGACGCCUCUCAAGGAUAGCAAUAACGGGAUCAAUGGAGACGAGAUCGAAGUGACCGAAGAUGUUACCGAUGCUAAAAAAUUACAGAAUGGUGACUACCGUUUGACUAAUUCUGUACUGUACAAAUACAUGCAGAAAGGAAAUUAUCUUGUGAACCAUCGCCAGAUGUCUCAGAUUAUGGUUAAGUGCCGUUCUCCCGAAAUCCAGGACGCGAGCUAUCCCGAUUAUCCCUCCUCCACCAAUCACGUAUCGCCACUUUCCAUCUGCAGUUACGACGUAACGCGACCUCCGUCUUCUUCAGACUGUGGUAGUCAAGAUGGGAUGGAAAGUCCGGGUGCCAUCAUAGGAUUGGACAACUCUUCCGGAGGAGAGCCGGGAAGUCCCAAAUGUAGGAAAGUGCAGAAGCGCUCCUGGAAGCUGGAAGGAGAAGAGAGUCAGAGUGCCAUCGAGGACAGUCCAGGACCGGAAGAUCAAGUGGCAGGAGAGAAGAGAAGGAAAUCGUGGAAACAGCACAAACUAGAUUCGGAAGAAGGGAUGUACGCUUGUGAUCAAUGCGACAAGAUGUUCAGUAAACAAAGCUCUUUGGCUAGGCACAAGUACGAGCACUCCGGUCAAAGACCACACAAAUGUGAUGUAUGCAACAAAGCUUUCAAACACAAACAUCAUCUAACAGAACACAAGAGAUUGCAUAGCGGCGAGAAACCUUUCCAAUGCAAAAAAUGCCUGAAGAGAUUUUCCCAUUCGGGUUCUUAUAGUCAGCACAUGAAUCAUCGUUACAGUUACUGCAAACCGUAUCAAGAGACUCAACCCAUAGACUGUCAAUAAUAAAAAUCUCCAACGAUCGACGAUCGAGACACCAAGGAUCUUGUCAUCUAGCUACGUCCGGCUGAUAUUGGCAUUAAAAUAGCAGCUCCGAAGUCAGUCCACAGAGGCCAAUAAGUGCAAAUUUACUAUUUACUUUAUUUCGAGAAAAUUUAUUAAGAAUUUCUUUCGAGGAAACUUCAGCCAAAGGCUACGAACUUGCUGUGUCCUUUGAGCUAUAUCCCGAAGAGCAUCCUAUCUUUACGGAUCUUCGAGAAAAGAAGCGCAAGAACGUGCAGGUUAAUGUCAGGAAGCAGAAAUCUUGUUGAAUUUUGAACGAAUUUUUAUAUAUUUUAGGUGCCAACAAUAAUUCGUGUGCCAAAGAAUUUUCGAAGAACGAAACGUGUUUGAUUUUUCUAAACAAAUGGUUCAAUUGCUUUUCUUGUUGAAGACGUUUUUUCAAAAGCAGUCGGCCAAUUUUUUAGUCAUGCAAAAUGCCAAAGGUUUUCUUUGAGAAUUUCUAGUCUACUCGCAAAAUGUUAAAACAUUCUUUGGCCAGAUUAGUUUAUAUUUUUUACUGCUGCCAGUAUUAUUAUCCAAACGAUUCCUUCGAGAAUAAAAAGUAAAAGAACUGAAGUGCCAAAAACUCAAAAAAAAAAACGCAAAAAAAUGGUUUUUCCUAAUUUGUUGAUAAAUGGAGUUGAAAAUACAAAUGAAAAUUUUAAGAAUAGAGAAAUUUUCUAUAUAAUAAUGACGAUUGAUUUUUGUUUGAGUGAAUAAAAAGUUGAUCGAUCGUCAUUAAUUUUCAUGGAAACUCGAAAUAAUUCUCGGUAUAUAGUUUAUAUUCUCAUUUAAAAAUAUAAGAAAAAAAAAUAUACAAUUUUCUAGUCUGUUUUGCAUAGCUUGUCCGUAUUUACUUCCAUGAAAAAGUGCCAAUUUAAAGGUAAAAUAAAUAAUAAAAAUAAUAAUAAUAAAAAAAACUGUUAUAAGAAGAAGAAGAAGAGAAAAAAGCCAAUUUUUAAUCUUGUAUUAUCUGCAGUUUUGUGUAGAUGGAAUAUUUAAACAUUUUACUGAUUGAAAGAUUUCCCUAGAAAAGGAUUUUCUUUCAAAAACGAUAAAUCAAGAACCAAGGAAAUCAAUCUUCUUUAGCUAAAAAUUUGCAAACUAAUUUCCUUUUUACAAUUUCCCGAGAAGAAAUGAUUUCCUCGCUUUCCAACAACGAACCAGAGAGAGAGGUCGAGGAUAGGAAAAAGACAAAUGAGAGUUAAGAUUUUGCUUUGUUUAAAACCAAUCAGUUGCUGUGUACACGUGGCCUCCCCCAUCUUUUUUCCUUUUUUCUGUUUUUAGCGAUCUAUCAAAACAAUUCCCAAAACUAGAAAUGAGGGAAAGGAGUCGAAAACUUUCGAUAUAAAGCUUCCUCGCUAACCUCACGUUGAUUUUUCUCCAGUUAUAAUCCUCGUUUACCAACGCAACCGAGGGAAUAUACCAAACGAAGAUGUCUUUCUAUAGAUGCCAAAUGAAUAAUAAAACAAAAAAAUAAAUAAUAAUAAAUAAAAUUUGAAGCAAAAUUUACCCUUUUUCCAAUAUUCCAGUAUGUCCAUUUUUUCCCUCUUCGAAUUUUCCUCCAGUUAUUCAGUCUUAUCUUCUAUCUCCGCGUGGUGUUGUGCGUGUAUAUCUUUGUAUCGUCUAUCCUCGUAUAUCUUUGUGAAAAAAAAAAAACAAAAAGUUUCAACAAAUUUCCGAGGGUAUCCAUCGACAAAGCUCUCCUCGUC